AUAACCUCUUUUCCAAGCUAGCUUGUUCCGGAGUUGAGACGAGGUCUCGUGAACUAGGAAAGAGGAAGGAUUCGGCUAUUAGGGUGGCGUAGAUCGGGUAAACCGGUUUUCAAAUCUGGUUUUGGUUGGCUUGAUCUAGUCGGUUGUGGAGGCGCGUGUGCUCAGUUUGGACUCUUCCAGCUUUGUGAUGCUUCACAGUGUCCUCAUCGGAGUGGCGUGGUGGUCGAUGGCUUCUCCUUUAUCGCCUUGGUGUACAGAAUCAUCGUUAUGCUCUCAGGACGGACCUCGAGGGCUCCUUCCUUCAGGACGUGCGUUGGAGUUUCCCAACGGUGGGCGUAGAGUUAUGGCCUUUUCCUGGUCCGCGGAGUUGUCUAUGCUAUGGCACCGCCAAACCUUUUCUUCUUCUAUGUUCUUUGUCCUUCAGUGCCUCAUCUUAGUGGUUAAUGCCCCUCACUGGUUUGGUGCUAUCUUGGUGACUCGGGUUUUGGGUUAUUGUCGUUAUUGCAGUUAGUCUCGGUGCUGUCGCCGGUAACUUCUUUGAGCUAUGAAAGGGAACUCUUCUAGUUUAUAGGAAGGAACUCGUGUGGAAUUGCUCGGCGAGUUUCCGAAAUCAUCCAUCCCAAUGUCAAGGAGGUAUAACUUGGUCUUCUUUCACAGGAUGAAACCAAAUCUUUUCAUUGCAUGUACCCUCUCAUCUACCGCAAAGUAGCAGUUGGUAAAUAUGUCAUGUAGGUACAGAAUUUGAUGUUGGUGCCCAAAGCAGCUUGUAAAAAAAAUUAAUGAUCUGCCUCGUCAGCUACUGAAGCGUGUCCAAAGCCUAUUCUACCUCCGUAUUUCAGCAAAAUAUUCACUCUGCUUUGUCUAAAGAAGGGUCAUCAGAAAAUCAUAUCAUCAAUAGGACAGAUACGGGACUCGUCCUCCAACUAGUGUUAGUCCAGUUAUAUGCCGCCUAGUCAAACUAAUAGUCACUUAGAUAGUCUACAAAUGGAUCAAUCUAUGUAUGGAUCAGGUGAUUGCGUUUAGUGAUGAGGAAGGUGUGAGAUUUCAAUCUACUUUUCUAGGUAGUGCUGCUCUUGCUGGUAUCAUGCCAGUUUCUCGCUUGGAGGUUACUGAUAAGAGUGGUAUUAGUGUGCAAGAUGCUUUAAAAGAGAACACCAUAGACAUUUCAGAGGAAAAUCUUUUACAGCUCAAGUAUGAUCCUGCAUCUGUUUGGGGCUGUGUAGAGGUUCACAAUGAGAAAGGGCCUGUGCUUGAAUGGGUUGGUUAAAGGGACUGCAGGACAGACAAGACUCAAG